AUGGCAGUCAACAAUUCAACUGGUAUGGGUUCCCGAACAAUUCGGCAAUACAAUCGAGUUGCCAAUGAAAUGAUGAGAUUUGUAAACAAUACUUAUGAAUAUGAUGAAUCAAAUUCAAAUGAUAAUCAAUGGUAUAAACAUGAAUCUAGUGGAACAAAGAGAAAUGUUUUGGUCAAAAAUCAUGCUACUCAAUCACCUAAAUUUAAUCCAGUACACGCAUCGUCAACUAUUCGUAAACAACGCACUCCACACAGAAAGUCACGUUAA